AAUUGUGACUGAUAGGACGUGGCCUAUUUGUCUGUUUGCGAUCUGAACAACAAGCAUAAUGACAGUAACUUGAUGUUGACUAUUUCUUCACUCGUUGGCUCUUUUGGUUAUUCCCUUUGGUAAUCAUUAACCGGUGGUGACCUGAACCAGCCUCUUCACUCUGCUCCCUCGUUGUGAUUCAAAUCCUGACAGGAUGAACGUGAGACAUCUUGGGCUUGUUCUGCUGGUGUGUUUUCCGGGAGCGCUGCACGCUCAAAGUGCAGCUCAGCACUGUCAUGCUCCCAACUUGGCUGGAGGUUAUUUUGUCCCUCGACAAGAAACGUAUUCCCAUAAAACCAACCUGACUUAUGCCUGUGACACUGGACGUCAGCCGGCUGUGGAGGGGUGGUGGGCGACCAGCACAUGUGAUAAUGGAACAUGGUCUCACAAACCACAAUGUAUAGGUGAAAAUGCCUGUAUCCCACCAACCAUACCCAAUGGCAAGUACACUGAGAGCUCAGAUGGCUGGUACGAGAACGGAGACGUAAUAAGGAUCUCAUGUGACGAAGCGUAUGAACACAAAGACCACGACGCUACGGGCAAAUGUAUAAAUGGGACGUGGUCCUCUUUGCCCGUCUGCGAGAGAAGUGUGCUCGCCUGCAGUGAGCCUCCCAAAGUCCCCCAUGCUGUGAUCACUGGUUUGGGCUAUCAGGAGUUGUUCGCUGCAGAUUCAGAAGUGCAGUACGAAUGUGAGGAUGGAUACACUAUAGAAGGAGUGCACAAAAACAAAUCCUUAAUCUGCUUAAGUGGAAUCUGGACUGAAGGCCCCGUCUGCAGCAGAGGAAGAGGACCAGGUGCUGAUCUUGGUAGCUCUGCAGUGGGCGGAACAAGCCGCAGACCAGGUAGUGGAAAUGGAGGGACAGGUACUACAUCUGCUGGCAGUGGGAAACGGCCUGUGGGUGGAGGAUCAUCGACCAGCUCUGGAUCAACUGAAGAGGAGAUUCAAUAUGCACCAAUUGAACGCUGUGGAAAACCCCCCCGUAUCCCCAAUGGUGAUAUAGUGGUAACUAGAGAGAUGUAUUUGAAAUACGCGUGCAACAGCUAUUACAGAUAUGUGGGUCAUAAGGCAGUGGUGUGUCAUUCAGACGGCACAUGGUCAGAUGUACCCAGCUGCAGAGCUACCUACUGUUCUGUGGACACUCGGCAAUAUCCUGAAUUAGAACCUGAUGGAGUGAAAUAUGUGAACGAUGGUGAGAAGGUGUCAAUGAGAUGUGUGGACGACUGGUUGACUCCUCAUUUUUCUGUGGUCCGCUGCACUGAUGGAAUAAUUAGGUUAAGUGAAUGUUGUAUGUGGAUCACAACAAAGUUGAAUGGUUGCUCAGGCACUUUGAUGAAGAGGACGAUGUUCCCUGAAUGAAAACAGAUGCCAGCCUGGAAAACUGAAGUUAUGCCUGUGAUGAUACAUAUGUUGUAACAUUAUAUCAUGUCGGCUUUUUCUAAAGCCAAUUUCAGGCUUCUCAUAAAUUCCUACAACAA